AUGGCUAGCUUGAUGCCAUCGCUUGCCAUGGACCUGCCACAAGAAGAAGGAGGCCACGAGGACUCCGCGUUCCUCGGCGUCGUGGGAGAUCCAGACGACCCGGAGUUGGCCGCGUUGGUGGCCGGGGCGCUGCAGACGGUGGACGCGCCGUCCGACGACGACGACGACGAGCUCAGCUGCCCGAUCUGCUUGGAGGAGGACGACGCCGCAGCGUGGAAGGAGACACCGUGCGGGCACCGGUUCCACGGGCGGUGCGUAGAGAGGUGGCUGCAGGAGAAAGAGAGCUGUCCCAUGUGCCGUCGCGAGGUCGUCACGGCGCCCGCCGCCACCGCAGAUUGUACUGCUGCACACCUACAUUUCUUGUGGAUAGCUGCCUUGGGGUUGCAUGUGUUUGGCGAUGUUCCUGUGGACGACAUGGAAACUGAUGAUGAUGAUGAUGCUUAG